AUGUCCGUUGCAGAACCAAGGGGAGAACCAGAUGAAGACGCUUCCACUGGCCAAGCAAGAUCUGCGAAAUUCCUGGUGGUUUGUUCCCUGUUUAACUCCGUCCUUUUUGUUCUCCGCAGUGAAUCUGAAAUCUUGCACCACGACAAGCAAUACGAGCCAUUCUACUCCUCUUUCGUGGCCCUGGCCACGCACUACAUCACCACCGUGUGUGGACUGGUUCCAAGAAACCAGCUGCAGUCCGUGGCGGCCGCCUGCAAAGUCCUGAUUGAAUUUUCCCUGCUGCGGCUGGAGAACCCCGACGAGGCGUGUGCCGUCUCACAGAAGCACCUGAUUCUGCUGAUCAAAGGCCUCUGCACCGGUUGCAGCCGCCUGGACAGGACGGAAAUCAUCACCUUCACGGCCAUGAUGAAAUCGGCCAAACUUCCCCAGACGGUGAAGACUCUCUCAGACGUGGAGGAUCAAAAAGAGCUGGCUUCACCCGUCAGCCCUGAACUGCGACAGAAAGAGGUGCAGAUGAACUUCCUGAACCAGCUGACCUCCGUCUUUAACCCUCGGAUGGCAACCUCGUCCAUCAUACAGCAGAGCCAGGGUGAAGGCGAGAGUGAGGACCCAUCAUCCCCAGACCAGGCCUCUGUCACGAAGACUAAGAGCAUCUUCAUUGCUCAGAAUGUUGCCAGCUUGCAGGAACUUGGAGGUUCCGAGAAGCUCCUACGUGUGUGCCUGAACCUUCCUUAUUUCCUUCGCUACAUCAACCGCUUCCAGGAUGCUGUGGCAGCAAAUUCCUUUUUCAUCAUGCCAGCCACGGUGGCCGACGCCACUGCCGUCCGUAACGGGUUCCAUUCAUUGGUGAUCGACGUAACGAUGGCGCUCGACACCCUUUCCUUGCCCGUCUUGGAGCCGCUCACUCCCACGCGGCUGCAGGAUGUCACCGUCUUGGCUCUCAGCUGUCUCUACGCAGGGGUGAGCGUGGCAACCUGCAUGGCCAUCCUCCACGUGGGCACCACCCAGCAAGUCCGCACGGGGUCCACAAGCUCAAAAGAGGAGGACUACGAAAAUGACGCCGCCACCAUUGUCCAGAAAUGCCUUGAAAUUUAUGAUAUGAUCGGCCAAGCCAUCAGCAACUCACGCCGUGCGGGGGGAGAGCACUACCAGAACUUCCAGCUGCUCGGGGCCUGGUGCCUGCUGAACAGCUUGUUCCUCAUCUUGAACCUCAGCCCCACAGCCCUGGCUGACAAGGGGAAAGAGAAGGACCCCCUGGCAGCGCUUCGGGUGCGAGACAUAAUUGCCCGCUCCAAAGAGGGAGUGGGGUCCCCCAAACUCGGACCGGGGAAAGGGCAUCAAGGUUUUGGAGUGUUAUCCGUGGUGCUGGCCAACCACGCCAUCAAGCUCCUCGCCUCCCUUUUCCAAGACCUGCAAGUGGAGGCACUUCACAAGGGGUGGGAGACGGAUGGCCCCCCGGCAGUGCUCAGCGUCAUGGCCCAGAGCACUUCAAUCCAGCGGAUCCAGCGGCUGAUCGAAUCCGUCCCCCUCACGAACCUGCUCCUCACCCUGUUGUCCACCUCAUACCGGAAGGCCUGCGUCCUGCAGCGACAGCGCAAGGGUUCCAUGAGCAGCGACGUGAGCGCCUCCACCGACUCCAACACGUACUACGAGGACGAUUUCAGCAGCACGGAGGACAGCAGCCAGGAUGAUGACAGCGAGCCCAUCCUUGGGCAGAAUCCCCCGCCCCCUCCCCCCCUGGAGAGCUCCCCGAGAGUGAAGAGCCCCAACAAGCAGGCCGCCGGGGAGAACGGGAACAUCCUGGCCAGUCGCAAAGACCCGGAACUGUUCUUAAGCCUGGCGUCCAACAUCCUCAACUUUGUGACUUCCUCCAUGCUGGAUUCGAGGAACAACUUCAUCCGGAACUACCUGAGCGUUUCCCUCACCGAGCACCACAUGGCCACCCUGGCCAGCAUCAUCAAAGAAGUGGACAAAGAGGGCCUCAAAGGCACCUCAGAGGAGGAAGAGUUCGCAGCCGCUCUGUAUCACUUCAACCACUCGUUGGUGACGUCCGACCUCCAGUCCCCGACUUUGCAGAACACGCUCCUGCAGCAGCUGGGGGUGGCCCCUUUCUCGGACGGCCCCUGGCCCCUCUACAUCCACUCCCAGAGCCUCUCCGUGCUUUCUCGGCUCCUCCUCCUCUGGCAGCACAAGGCCAGCCUCCAGCGGGACCCCGACGUGCCUGAAUGCCUGAAAGUCUGGGAGAGGUUUGUGGGCACCCUGAAGCAGAGCGCCUUGCAGGGGACCCUCCCCGGAGACACCGAGGACCUGAACGUCGAGCACCUGCAGCUGCUGCUGCUGAUCUUCCACAGCUUCUCUGAGAAAGGCCGGCGGUCCGUCUUGACCCUCUGCGUCCGGACCGUCCUGGAACUGACGGCCAACCUGGACUCCCAGCUCGGCUGCGUCCCGCUCCUCCUCGCCCGCCUCCUCCUGGUCUUCGACUACCUGCUCCACCAGUAUUCGAAGGUCCCCAUGUAUCUCUUUGAGCAGGUGCAGUACAACCUGCUGACUCCGCCCAUUGUCAGGGCCGGCGGGUCCCAGGAAGGGGGCCGGCGCCCCUCAGCACCCCUGUACCAUGGCUUCAAGGAAGUGGAAGAAAACUGGGCCAAGCAUUGCGCCUCAGACGCAGCCCCUCAGCCCCGAUUCUACUGUAUCCUCUCGCCAGAAGCCUCCGAAGACGACCCGAACCGCUUGGAUAACACGGUGUGUGAGGUCUUAUUCUCAAAGGCCAGCAAAUACGACGACCUCUAUUCAGCCCUCACCUCCCUCUUGGCGGCCGGCUCGCAGUUCGACACCCUCCGCAGGAAGGAGAACAAGAACGUCACAGCGCUGGAGGCCUGUGCACUUCAGUAUUACUUCCUGAUCCUCUGGCGGAUCCUGGGCCUCCUGCCGCCCUCCAAGAGGUACAUGAACCAGCUGGCCACGAACAGCCCCGAGAUGAGCGAGUGGGACAUCCUCCACACCCUGCGCUGGUCUUCCCGCCUGCGCAUCCCCUCUUACGUCACCUGGAUCAAGGAUCACCUCGUCAAGCAGGGCAUGAAAUCCGAACACGCGGCUUCUCUGGUGGAGCUGACCUUGGCCAAGUGCAGCUCCGUGAAGUAUGAUGUGGAAAUCGCCGAGGAAUAUUUUGCUAGGCAGAUCUCUGCUUUCUCCGGGGUCGACUGCACCACCAUCCUGAAGCUGCACGAGAUCCCCAGCUUGCAGUCCAUCUACACCCUGGACGCGGCCAUUUCCAAAGUCCAGGUCUCCCUCGACGAGCACUUCUCCAAGCUGGCGGCCGAGACCGACCCCCACCGGUCGUCUGAGAUCACCAAGAACCUGCUUCCGGCCACCCUGCAGCUGAUUGACACCUAUGCCACCUUCACCAGGUCUUACCUGCUCCAGAGCCUCGCCGAGGAAGGCUCUCCCGACAACAAGCCGACGGAAGAGAAGCUUCGGGGCUACGCUGCUGUCCUCGCCAUUGGCUCCGGCCGGUGCAAGUCCAACACCCUAGGACCGACCCUUGUCCAGAACUUGCCCUCCGCUGUUGAAUCUUUGUGCGAAUCCUGGAACAACAUCAAUACCAACGAAUUCCCAAACAUCGGCUCAUGGCGCAACGCCUUUGCCAACGACACGAUCCCAGCGGAGAGCUACAUCAGCGCGGUGCAGGCGGCCCACCUCGGCACCCUCUGCAGCCAGAGCCUGCCUCUCGCGGCUUCCUUAAAGCGCACCCUCCUCUCUUUGGUCAGGCUCACCGGGGACCUUGUGGUUUGGUCGGAGGAGCUGAACCCGCCCCAGGUGAUCCGCACCCUGCUGCCCCUCCUCCUGGAGACCAGCACGGAGAGCGUGGCGGAGAUCAGCAGCAACUCCCUGGAGCGGGUCCUGGGGCCCGCAGAGUCGGACGAGUUCCUGUCGCGCGUCUACGAGAAGCUGAUCAUGGGCUGUUACAACAUCCUGGCCAACCACUCUGACCCCAACAGUGGCCUGGAUGAAGCCAUUUUGGAAGAGUGUCUGCAGCAUUUGGAGAAGCAGCUGGAAAGCAGCCAGGCCCGGAAAUCCAUGGAAGAGUUUUUCUCCGAGAGCGGCGAACUGGUCCAGAUCAUGAUGGCCACGGCGAACGAGAACCUGUCGGCCAAGUUCUGCAACCGAGUCCUGAAGUUCUUCACCAAGCUCUUCCAGCUGACGGAGAAGAGCCCAAACCCCAGCCUCUUACGCCUGUGCGGCUCCUUGGCCCAGCUGGCCUGCAUGGAGCCGGCCCGCCUCCAGGCCUGGCUGACCCGCAUGACCACCUCCCCUCCCAAAGAGACGGACCAGCUGGAGGUGGUGCAGGAGAACCGGCAGCUGCUCCAGCUGCUGACCACCUACAUCGUCCGGGAGAACAGCCAAGUCGGCGAAGGUGCCUGCCUGGUCCUCCUGAGCACCUUGAUCCCGAUGGCCACGGAGAUGCUGGCCAACGGGGAUGGGGCCGGCUUCCCCGAGCUCAUGGUGGUCAUGGCCACCCUGGCCAGUGCCGGGCAAGGGGCCGGGCACCUCCAGCUUCACAGCGCGGCCCUUGAUUGGCUGGGGAGAUGCAAAAAAUACUUGUCUCAGAAGAAUGUGAUUGAGAAGAUGAACGCCAACGUCAUGCAUGGAAAGCACGUGACCGUCCUGGAGUGUACGUGCCACAUCGUCUCCUAUCUGGCCGACGUCACCAAUGCCCUGAGCCAGGCGGGGGGGCAGGGGGCCAGCCACCUCUCGGUGGACGGAGAGGAGCGGGCCAUCGAGGUGGACUCGGACUGGGUGGAGGAGCUGGCAGUGGAGGACGAAGAUUCGCAAGCGGAGGAUUCGGAUGAAGACUCGCUUUGCAACAAGCUCUGUACGUUUACCAUCACCCAGAAGGAGUUCAUGAACCAACACUGGUACCACUGCCACACCUGCAAGAUGGUGGACGGCGUGGGCGUCUGCACUGUCUGCGCCAAGGUCUGCCACAAAGAUCACGAGAUUUCCUACGCAAAGUACGGCUCCUUCUUUUGCGACUGCGGCGCCAAGGAAGACGGGAGCUGCCUGGCCUUGGUGAAGCGGACCCCCAGCAGCGGCAUGAGCUCCACCCUGAAGGAAUCGGCCUUCCAGAGCGAGCCCCGCGUGCCUGAGAGCGUCGCCCGCCACGCCAGCACCUCCCCCACCGACAAGCCCAAGGUCUCCAUCAGUGACGGGCGAGGGCCGGACGAGGAGAAGCCCAAGAAGCGCAGCCUGUGCCGGAAUGUGGAAGGAUGCCGGGAGCAGCUGCAGUCCCAGGCCAGCUUCUCCUUCGCCCCCUUGGUGCUGGACAUGCUGAACUUCCUCAUGGAAGCCAUCCAGACCCACUUCCAGCAGGCCUCGGCCAUGGGCAGCAGCCGCCGGGCCCAGCAGGCCCUCCAUGAGCUGCACACGGUGGACAAGACGGUGGACAUGACCGACCAGCUGAUGGUGCCGACUCUGGGCUCCCAAGAAGGCGCCUUUGAGAACGUCCGGAUGAACUACAGCGGCGACCAAGGCCAGACCAUCCGGCAGCUGAUCAGCGCCCACGUCCUGCGGCGGGUGGCCAUGUGCGUGCUCUCCUCCCCCCAUGGGCGCCGCCAGCACCUGGCCGUCAGCCACGAGAAGGGCAAGAUCACCGUCCUGCAGCUUUCAGCUCUGCUCAAGCAAGCCGACUCCAGCAAGCGCAAGCUGACCCUCACCCGCCUGGCCUCGGCCCCCGUCCCCUUCACUGUGCUGAGCCUCACAGGGAACCCCUGCAAGGAGGAUUACUUGGCCGUGUGUGGGCUAAAGGACUGCCACGUCCUGACGUUUGGCAGCUCCGGAUCCGUCUCCGACCACUUGGUGCUCCACCCCCAGCUGGCCACGGGGAACUUCAUCAUCAAAGCCGUGUGGCUGCCAGGCUCGCAGACCGAGCUGGCCAUCGUCACGGCGGACUUUGUGAAGAUCUAUGACCUCUCAGUGGAUGCCUUGAGCCCGACCUUCUACUUCCUUCUCCCGAGCUCCAAGAUCCGGGACAUCGCCUUCCUGUUCAAUGAAGAAGGCAAGAACAUUGUGGUCAUCAUGUCGUCUGCCGGCUACAUCUACACGCAGCUGAUGGAGGAGGCCAGCAGCGCCCAGCACGGGCCCUUCUACGUUACCAACGUCCUGGAGAUCAGCCACGAGGACCUGAAGGACAGCAACGGGCAGGUGGCUGGGGGCGGCGUCUCCGUCUAUUACUCCCACGUCCUCCAGAUGCUGUUCUUCAGUUACUGCCAGGGCAGAUCCUUCGCCGCCACUCUCAACCGAGCUUCCUUGGAGGUGAUGCGCCUCUUCCCCAUCAGCAUCAAGAGCUCCAACGGUGGCAGCAAGACCUCUCCUGCCCUCUGCCAGUGGUCCGAAGUCAUGAACCACCCAGGGCUGGUGUGCUGUGUCCAGCAGACGACCGGCGUGCCUUUGGUCAUGAUGGUGAAGCCGGACACUUUCCUGAUCCAGGAGAUCAAAACCUUGCCAGCGAAAGCAAAGAUCCAGGACAUGGUGGCCAUCCGCCACACGGCCUGCAACGAGCAGCAGCGGACCACCAUGAUCCUGCUGUGCGAGGACGGCAGCCUGAGGAUCUACAUGGCCAACGUGGAGAACACCUCGUACUGGCUCCAGCCCGCCCUGCAGCCCAGCAGCGCCAUUGGCAUCCUGAAGCCCGUCCGGAAGCGCAAAGCGGCCGCCAUCACCACCCGCACCUCCACCCAGGUGAACUUCCCCAUUGACUUCUUCGAGCACAACCAGCAGCUGACCGACGUGGAGUUUGGGGGCAACGACCUCCUGCAGGUCUACAACGCUCAGCAGAUCAAGCACCGGCUCAACUCCACCGGGAUGUACGUGGCCAACACCAAGCCUGGCGGCUUCACCAUCGAGGUGACCAACAACAACAGCACUAUGGUGAUGACCGGCAUGCGGGUCCAGAUCGGCACCCAAGCCAUCGAGCGAGCCCCUUCCUACCUCGAGAUCUUUGGCCGCACCAUGCAGCUGAACCUGAGCCGGCCCCGGUGGUUCGACUUCCCCUUCACCCGAGAGGAAGCCCUGCAGGCGGACAAGAAGCUGACCAUCUUCGUUGGAGCAUCCGUGGAUCCUGCGGGCGUCACCAUGCUGGACGCCGUCAAGAUCUACGGCAAAACGAAAGAGCAAUUUGGCUGGCCAGAUGAGCCCCCCGAAGAUUUCCCGUCGGCCUCUGUAAGCAACGUCUGCCCCCCAAAUCAGAACCAGGGAAAUGGGACGGGAGACACGGAGUCGGCCACCCCGGCGGUUGCAAGCGGCACUGUGCUUGAGAGGGUAGUCGUGAGUUCUUUAGAAGCUCUGGAAAGCUGCUUUGCUGUCGGACCCGUCAACGAGAAGGAGAAGAGCAAGAGCGCCGCCCAGGAGCUGGCCACCAUGCUCCUGUCCACUCCCGCCCCGGCCAGCGUCCAGCAGCAGACCAAGAGCCUCCUGGCGAGUCUCCACACCAGCCGCUCGGCCUAUCACAACCACAAGGAUCAGGCCUUGCUCAGCAAAGCCAUUCAGUACCUGACCACCUCCAGCAAAGAAGGCAGAGACCUCGACCCGGAAGUGUUUCAGAGGCUGGUCAUCACGGCCCGCUCCAUUGCCAUCAUGAGGCCGAACAACCUGGUCCAUUUCACCGAAUCCAAGCUGCCUCAGUUGGAAGCAGAAGCUGUCGAAGAAGGCCGGGAGGCCCAGAAAGCCCCCGAAGGCGAGGGGUACAGUUUUAUUACUCAGCUGGUGAACCACUUCUGGAAGCUGCACGCCUCCAAGCCCAAGAACGCCUUCCUGGCCCCUGCUUGUUUGCCAGGCCUGACCCACGUCGAAGCGACCGUCAACGCCCUGGUGGACAUCACCCACGGCUACUGCACCUGUGAGCUGGACUGCAUCAACAUGGCCUCUAAAAUCUACAUGCAGAUGCUGCUCUGCCCGGAUCCGGCCGUGAGCUUCUCCUGCAAGCAAGCCUUGAUCCGGGUGCUGCGGCCCAGGAACAAGCGGAGGCACGUGACCCUGCCCUCUUCGCCUCGGAGUAACACCCCGAUGGGAGAUAAAGAUGAUUACGAUGACGAUGACGCGGAUGACAAACUGCAAAGCUCCGGGAUACCCAACGGCGAAGACAUCCGUCCGGAAGGCCAAGAACAAAGCGAGGUGGACCACGGGGAUUUCGAGCUGGUGUCGGAAUCGAUGGUGCUGGAGACGGCAGAGAACGUGACCAACGGCAACCCGUCUCCGCUUGAAGCUCUGCUGGCUGGAGCCGAAGGGUUCCCCCCGAUGCUGGAUAUCCCCCCCGACGCAGACGACGAGACCAUGGUCGAGCUGGCCAUCGCCCUGAGCCUUCAGCAAGACCAGCAAGGGAGCAGCAGCAGCGCGCUCGGCCUGCAGAGCCUCGGCCUCUCCGGGCAAGCCCCCAGCUCUUCCUCCCUCGAUGCCGGCACCCUCUCCGACACCACCGCGUCAGCUCCAGCUUCCGACGAUGAAGGCAGCACAGCCGCGACCGACGGCUCCACCUUACGGACCUCUCCGGCCGACCACGGGGGCAGCGUGGGCUCAGAGAGUGGCGGCAGCGCGGUGGAUUCCGUGGCAGGCGAACACAGCGUGUCCGGCCGGAGCAGCGCCUAUGGGGACACGACGGCCGAGGGCCACCCUGCGGGGCCUGGGAGCGUCAGCUCCAGCACGGGGGCCAUCAGCACCACCACGGGGCAGCAGGAGGGCGAAGGAUCGGAGGGCGAGGGCGAAGGGGAAGCAGAAGGGGAUGUCCACGCAAGCAACAGGCUGCACAUGGUCCGCCUGAUGCUCCUGGAGCGGCUCCUGCAGACCCUCCCCCAGCUGAGAAACGUGGGUGGGGUUCGCGCCAUCCCCUACAUGCAGGUGAUUUUGAUGCUCACGACAGACCUGGACGGUGAGGACGAGAAAGACAAAGGUGCCCUCGAUAAUCUCCUCGCCCAACUCAUUGCAGAGCUGGGCAUGGAUAAGAAGGACGUGUCCAAGAAGAAUGAGCGCACCCCCCUGAAUGAAGUCCACCUGGUGAUUAUGAGGCUGCUGAGCGUCUUCAUGUCCCGGACCAAGUCUGGAUCCAAGUCAUCCAUUUGUGAGUCAUCCUCCCUCAUCUCCGGCGCCACCGCGGCCGCUCUCCUCAGCUCCGGCGCGGUGGACUACUGCCUGCACGUCUUGAAAUCCCUCCUGGAGUACUGGAAAGGCCAGCAGAAUGACGAGGAGCCUGUCGCCAGCAGCCAGCUGCUGAAACCUCACACCACCUCCUCCCCGCCGGACAUGAGCCCCUUCUUCCUGCGCCAGUAUGUCAAGGGCCACGCGGCCGACGUCUUUGAGGCCUACACCCAGCUCCUGACUGAGAUGGUGCUCCGGCUGCCCUACCAGAUCAAGAAGAUCGCCGACACCAACACCCGCAUCCCGCCCCCGGUCUUUGACCACUCCUGGUUCUACUUCCUCUCUGAGUACCUGAUGAUCCAGCAGACGCCCUUCGUGCGGCGCCAGGUGCGGAAGCUGCUGCUCUUCAUCUGUGGCUCCAAGGAGAAGUACCGCCAGCUGCGCGACCUGCACACCCUCGACGCCCACGUCCGGGGGAUCAAGAAGCUGCUGGAGGAACAGGGGAUCUUCCUGCGGGCCAGCGUGGUCACGGCCAGUUCUGGCUCCGCCCUGCAGUACGACACCCUCAUCAGCUUGAUGGAGCACUUGAAGGCUUGCGCAGAAAUCGCCACCCAGCGGACAGUGAACUGGCAGAAAUUCUGCAUUAAAGAUGACUCCGUGCUUUACUUCCUCCUGCAAGUCAGCUUCCUGGUGGACGAAGGGGUCUCGCCCGUCCUCUUGCAGCUGCUCUCCUGCGCCCUGUGCGGCAGCAAGGUCCUCUCGGCCGGGUCCUCUUCUGGGUCAUCCGGCCCCUCGGCCGCUGCCCCCGCAGGCCCCGGGACAGGCCAGCCCUCCGGGCAGAGCAAGUCCUCCACCAAGAAGACCAAGAAGGAGGAGAAGGAGAAAGACCGAGAAGGCGAGGCCUCCUCUGGCAGCCAGGAGGACCAGCUGUGCACGGCCCUGGUGAACCAGCUGAACAAGUUCGCCGACAGAGAGACCCUCGUCCAGUUCCUGCGCUGCUUCCUGCUGGAGUCCAACGCCUCGUCGGUCCGGUGGCAGGCCCACUGCCUUACCCUCCACAUCUACCGGAACUCAAACAAAUCCCAGCAGGAACUUCUCCUGGACCUGAUGUGGUCCAUCUGGCCAGAACUCCCGGCUUAUGGGCGGAAAGCGGCUCAGUUUGUCGACCUGCUGGGCUACUUCUCUCUGAAAACUCAGCAGACGGAGAAGAAGCUCAAGGAGUAUUCCCAGAAGGCGGUGGAGAUCCUCCGGAUGCAAAAUCACAUCCUUACCAACCAUCCGAACUCCAACAUUUACAACACCCUCUCUGGAUUGGUGGAAUUUGACGGCUACUACUUGGAGAGCGACCCCUGCCUCGUCUGCAACAACCCCGAGGUGGCUUUCUGUUACAUCAAGCUGUCCUCCAUCAAGGUGGACACCAGGUACACCACCACCCAGCAGGUGGUCAAGCUGAUCGGCAGCCACACCAUCAGCAAAGUGACCGUCAAGAUCGGGGACCUCAAGCGCACCAAGAUGGUCCGGACCAUCAACCUCUACUACAACAACCGAACCGUGCAGGCCAUUGUGGAGUUGAAGAACAAGCCCGCCCGUUGGCACAAGGCGAAGAAGGUCCAGCUGGCACCGGGCCAGACGGAGGUGAAGAUUGACCUUCCCCUGCCCAUCGUGGCCUCCAACCUGAUGAUCGAGUUUGCCGACUUCUACGAGAACUACCAGGCCUCCACGGAGACCCUGCAGUGCCCCCGCUGCAGCGCCUCCGUCCCGGCCAACCCCGGGGUGUGCGGGAACUGCGGGGAGAACGUCUACCAGUGCCACAAGUGCAGGUCCAUCAACUAUGACGAGAAGGACCCUUUCCUCUGCAAUGCCUGCGGCUUCUGCAAGUACGCCCGCUUCGACUUCAUGCUGUACGCCAAACCCUGCUGCGCGGUGGAUCCCAUUGAGAACGAAGAGGACCGGAAGAAGGCGGUCACCAACAUCAACACCCUCCUGGACAAAGCCGACCGGGUCUACCACCAACUGAUGGGUCACCGGCCCCAGCUGGAGAAUCUCCUGUGCAAAGUGAACGAGGCCGUGCCUGAAAAGCCGCAGGACGACUCGGGGGGCGGCGGAGGCAUCAGCUCGGCUUCUGCCAGCGUGAACCGGUACAUCCUGCAGCUGGCCCAGGAGUACUGCGGAGACUGCAAGAAUUCGUUUGACGAGCUCUCCAAGAUCAUCCAGAAAGUCUUUGCCUCCCGGAAGGAGCUCUUGGAGUAUGACCUCCAGCAGAGGGAAGCGGCCAGCAAGUCCUCGCGCUCGGCCGUGCAGCCCACCUUCACAGCCAGCCAGUACCGGGCCCUCUCCGUCCUGGGCUGCGGCCACACCUCCUCCACCAAGUGCUACGGCUGCGCCUCGGCCGUCACCGAGCACUGCAUCACCCUGCUCCGGGCCCUGGCCACCAACGCCGCCAUCCGCCACAUCCUGGUCUCCCAGGGCCUCAUCCGGGAGCUCUUCGACUACAACCUGCGCCACGGGGCCGCCACCAUGCGGGAAGAGGUCCGCCAGCUCAUGUGCCUCCUCACCAGAGACAACCCAGAAGCCACCCAGCAGAUGAACGACCUGAUCAUCGGCAAAGUGUCUGCGGCCCUGAAGGGACACUGGGCCAAUCCAGACCUGGCCAGCAGCCUUCAGUAUGAGAUGCUGCUGCUGACUGACUCCAUCGCCAAGGAGGACAGCUGCUGGGAGCUGCGGCUGCGCUGCGCUCUCGGGCUGUUCCUGAUGGCCGUGAACAUCAAGACGCCGGUGGUGGUGGAGAACAUCACCCUGAUGUGCCUCCGGAUCCUCCAGAAGCUCAUCAAGCCCCCGGCCCCCACCAGCAAGAAAAACAAGGACAUUCCCGUCGACUCCCUGACCACCGUCAAGCCGUACAGCAAUGAGAUCCAUGCCCAGGCCCAGCUGUGGCUCAAGAGGGACCCCAAAGCUUCGUACGAGGCCUGGAAGAAAUGCCUGCCGGCCCGAGGCAUUGAGGCCAACGGGAAGUCUCCCAGCCGGGCUGAGCUGCGCCAGCUCUACCUGACGGAGAAGUACACCUGGAAGUGGAAGCAGUUCAUGAGCCGGCAGGGGAAGCGGACCUGCCCCUUGGACCUCAAGCUGGGCCACAACAAUUGGCUGCGGCAGGUGUUGUUCACUCCUGCCACCCAGGCUGCCCGCCAGGCUGCCUGCACCAUCGUGGAAGCCCUGGCCGCCAUCCCCAGCCGUAAGCAGCAGGUCCUCGAUCUCCUGACCAGUUACUUGGACGAGCUGAGCGUGGCCGGCGAGUGCGCGGCCGAGUACCUGGCGCUCUACCAGAAGCUCAUCAAGCCUGCCCGCUGGAAGGUCUACCUCGCCGCAAGAGGGGUCCUGCCUUACGUCGGCAACCUCAUCACAAAGGAGAUUGCCCGCCUGCUGGCCCUGGAAGAAGCCACCCUCAGCACCGACCUCCAGCAGGGCUAUGCCUUGAAGAGUAUCACUGGCCUCCUCUCCUCCUUCGUGGAGGUCGAGUCGAUCAAGCGCCACUUCAAGAGCCGGCUGGUGGGGACGGUGCUGAAUGGCUACCUCUGCCUGCGGAAGCUGGUGGUCCAGCGGACGAAGCUCAUCGACGAGACCCAAGACAUGCUGCUGGAGAUGCUGGAGGACAUGACCACAGGCACGGAGUCGGAAACAAAGGCCUUCAUGGCUGUGUGCAUCGAAACGGCCAAGCGCUACAGCCUGGACGACUACCGGACCCCCGUCUUCAUUUUCGAGCGGCUUUGCAGCAUCAUCUACCCGGAGGAGAAUGAGGUGACCGAGUUCUUUGUGACGCUGGAGAAGGACCCCCAGCAGGAGGACUUCCUCCAGGGGCGCAUGCCCGGAAACCCCUACAGCAGCAACGAGCCGGGCAUCGGCCCCCUGAUGAGGGACAUCAAGAACAAGAUCUGCCAGGACUGUGACUUGGUGGCCCUGCUGGAGGACGACAGCGGCAUGGAGCUUUUGGUGAACAACAAGAUCAUCAGCCUGGAUCUCCCGGUGGCCGAAGUCUACAAGAAGGUUUGGUGUCCCACCAACGAGGGGGAGCCCAUGAGGAUCAUCUACCGCAUGCGGGGGCUGCUGGGAGAUGCCACGGAGGAGUUCAUCGAGUCACUGGACUCCACCACAGACGAAGAGGAGGACGAGGAGGAGGUCUACAAGAUGGCGGGCGUGAUGGCCCAGUGCGGUGGCCUCGGCUGCAUGCUGAACCGCCUGACGGGCAUCCGGGACUUCAAGCAAGGACGGCAUCUCCUCACGGUGCUGCUGAAGCUCUUCAGCUACUGCGUCAAAGUGAAGGUCAACCGGCAGCAGCUGGUCAAGCUGGAGAUGAACACCCUCAACGUCAUGCUGGGGACCCUCAACCUGGCUUUGGUGGCCGAACAGGAGAGCAAGGACAGCGGAGGGGCGGCCGUGGCGGAGCAGGUCCUGAGCAUCAUGGAGAUCAUCCUGGACGAGUCCAACGCAGAGCCUCUGAGCGAGGACAAGGGCAACCUCCUCCUCACGGGUGACAAGGACCAGCUGGUGAUGCUGCUGGACCAGAUCAACAGCACCUUCGUCCGCUCAAACCCCAGCGUCCUGCAGGGGCUCCUGCGCAUCAUCCCCUACCUGUCCUUUGGGGAGACGGAGAAGAUGCAGAUCCUGGUCGACCGCUUCAAACCCUACUGCNNNNCCUCCAGGUACGACGAGGAGCACAGCGGGGACGAUAAGGUUUUCCUGGACUGCUUCUGCAAGAUCGCGGCCGGCAUCAAGAACAACAGCAACGGGCACCUCCUGAAGGACCUCAUCCUGCAGCGGGGGAUCACCCAGAGCGCCCUGGACUACAUGAAGAAGCACAUACCCAGCGCCAAGAAUUUGGACGCCGACGUGUGGAAGAAGUUCCUGUCUCGGCCGGCCCUGCCCUUCAUCCUCCGGCUGCUCCGCGGGCUGGCCACCCAGCAUCCGGCCACCCAGGUGUUGAUUGGGACCGAUUCCAUCACCAACCUGCACAAGCUGGAGCAAGUCUCCAGCGAUGAAGGGAUCGGGACCCUGGCCGAGAACCUGCUGGAGGCCCUGCGGGAGCACCCGGACGUCAACAAGAAGAUCGACGCGGCCCGGAGGGAGACGCGGGCCGAGAAGAAGCGCCUGGCCAUGGCCAUGCGCCAGAAGGCCCUGGGCACCCUGGGGAUGACGACCAACGAGAAGGGGCAGGUGGUGACCAAGACCGCCCUCCUGAAGCAGAUGGAGGAGCUGAUCGAGGAGCCGGGGCUGACGUGCUGCAUCUGCAGAGAGGGCUACAAGUUCCAGCCGACCAAAGUCCUGGGCAUUUACACCUUCACCAAGCGAGUGGCCUUGGAGGAGUUUGAGAACAAGCCUCGGAAGCAGCAAGGCUACAGCACCGUCUCCCACUUCAACAUCGUCCACUAUGACUGCCAUCUGGCGGCCGUCAGGUUGGCGCGGGGGCGCGAGGAGUGGGAAAGCGCCGCCUUGCAGAACGCCAACACCAAGUGCAAUGGCCUCCUGCCCGUGUGGGGGCCCCACGUCCCGGAGUCGGCGUUUGCCACCUGCCUGGCCAGGCACAACACGUACCUGCAAGAGUGCACAGGGCAGCGCGAGCCCACCUACCAGCUCAACAUCCAUGACACCAAGCUGCUCUUCCUCCGGUUCGCCAUGGAGCAGUCGUUUAGCGUGGACACGGGCGGCGGCGGGCGGGAGAGCAACGUCCACCUCAUCCCGUACAUCAUCCACACGGUGCUUUAUGUCCUCAACACAACGCGCGCCACCUCCCGGGAAGAGAAGAACCUCCAGAGCUUCUUGGAGCAGCCCAAGGAGAAGUGGGUGGAGGCGGCCUUUGAGGUGGACGGGCCCCAUUACUACACGGUCCUGGCCCUUCACAUCCUGCCCCCCGAGAGGUGGAAGGCCAUCCGCGUCGACAUUCUCAAGCGGCUGCUGGUGAUCUCCCACGCCCGGGUGGUGUCGCCGGCAGGGGCCAGCCGGCUGACGGAGAAAGCGGUGAAGGACUACUCCGCCUAUCGCUCUGGUCUUCUCUUCUGGGCCCUGGUGGACCUGAUUUACAACAUGUUCAAAAAGGUGCCUACGAGUAACACCGAGGGGGGCUGGUCCUGCUCUCUGGCCGAGUACAUCCGCCACAACGACAUGCCGAUGCACGAGGCCGCGGACAAGGCGCUCAAGACCUUCCAGGAGGAGUUCAUGCCCGUGGAGACCUUCUCGGAGUUUCUGGACGUGGCCGGACUGUUGUCGGAGAUCAGCGACCCUGAUGGCUUCCUCAAAGACCUCCUCAACUCCCUCCCUUAAAAGCCACCUUGAUGAGGGACAAGACUCGGGCUGCUCCCCCCCCCCCGACGUGGAGAGCCGCGCUUCCUUGAAUUCCAGCCUCCCGCUCGGCCCCCGUUUUGGGUUUCUCUCUCUCUCUCUUGUUCUCCUUCCCUCAAACCCCGUCUUGGUGUGUGAUCUUGGGUUCUGGCUUUGCUCCCUUCCCUCGGCCUCCUCCCUAUGAUUCUCCGGAUUGCCCCCCCCCUCGAGGAAGGAACCCAUGCAAGGACUCAAGGAAUCCAAAGCUGAGACGCCCCGUGCCCCCCCAUUCCCCUUCCGUUUAACCGCUUUCUCUCUGUGUGCGUGUGACCGUUUUACCAAUCAAUAAAUAAGUUAAGUGCAACCUGAGAAGCAGAGACUGACCAGGCUGCCGUGUGAA